AUGCGCCAGGACGUAAGGGAUGAGUUUGCUGCGUCGACUUCAGCUACUUCUACUUCCUGCUCGCAGCAGCACCAACAACAGCCUCAAACUCAACAAUCUCAACUGGCAUUGUCGUCAGCUAUACAGAACCAGCCGCUGAGUAGCCAAGUACAGUCGUUGAUUCGUGCAAAUUCCAUGCCAACAGGUCAGCAGCAGAUGCAACAAAAUAUUCCUGGGGACUUUUCGUCGUUGUUGGAACCCGGAGAAGUUCUUUUGCCCAUGGCCAUGAGAUCCAACUCUGUUCCUGGGGUUGCAGACCCAGAGAAGCAACUGCUGCGAAGUGCAUUGGCAGAGAAAGUUGACGAAAUACAAAAACUAAUGAAGGAGUUGAGCCAGGCCUAUAGCUUGAUAAACCAGCUGAAGCAACAAAAUGAUUUCUACCAUCAACAUUGGAGUCAGUAUCAAAUUCAGAUGCAACAUCAACUUCAGCAACAGCAUCAACAAUUACAAAUGCAACUACAGCAACAGCAGCAAGAACAACAACAACAGCAGUUGCAGUAUCAAAUGCAACAAUCUCAGAUGCCAAUUUCACAACAGUCUCAGCAACUUUUGCAACAACAACUCUUCUCCCAGCAGCAGCAGCAACAACAACAGAGACAACUGUUGCAAAAUAUUCAACAGCUUUCUAGUACUCAACAAUCGCUACAACAAAACUUGCAACAACACCAGCAGCAACUACAGCAACAACAGCAACAACAGCAACAACAGCAAAUUAUUGCUCAACAAGUCAACAACAACAGCAGUAGCAACAAUAGUAAUACAUCAUUGCCUCUGACUGACUAAGAGUAUAUCAUUCUAGGUAAUUUUGGUAAGAAGAAUUAGACAACGAUGAUAACUAUGGCUGUAUCAUCCCAAUGAUAAAUUAUUACUAUUUUUAAUAAUGUUAUUGUUAUUCUCGUCCUUAUCAUCA